AUUCGACCAAUAACAUUUCACGAAACAAAACGUUCAAUAUGGCGCUCAACGGUCCAUGUGGCAUGUAUCGAUUAGAGCCAGUGUACAAUCAUGGAAUGAAAGCUGAAUUACCUACUUGUAUGUAUAAAAUGACCAGCAUUUACGAAGAAAAUAAUGGCACGAGUAAGGAAAGUAGCAUUUAUAAGGAACUAGAAGAUAGACAAAUUGAAAUUUUGAAACGCUUAGAACAGCUCAAAGCUGAAGUAGAGAAACUGAAAGUCAACACACAACCUAUGAAAGCAACAGCACCAGCAGCAACAACUAACUUGACCAACAGAGAAUGUGGAGUUAUUGAACAAUUACAAGCAAAUAUUGGAUUAGAAAAUCAGGUUUGCGUGGUGAAGGAUAUUGUCAUUACUGCAAGUCCAAAUUACCCUCCAGUGAGUGUGUGGAUAAUGCGAAAUCUACUAGGACAAAAGAUAAAAGUAAAACUGUCUACUCAUCUACAUUCUUCAUUAACUAACUUUCCACCUAAGAUAAGAAGUCUUGAAGAUGCUGUGACAGAUUCUGACAGAAAUGACUGCCAGUUGGUUAUCACAGUAAUAUGGAAGGAUGUUGAAAAAGAUCCAGAACUGAUGGUUAACCCAAUCAAGCAGUCAUCAAUACUGGGUGAAGUAAAUAUUGUGAGGUAUCUGGGGAGAUUUGUUACUCCAGGUUAUGAUGAUGGAGAUCCCAUUACUGCCACAGAAAUAGAUUUCUUUUUGGAAGUCAUUCAUUCAUCUUUCAUCAACGGAAACAAUAAGGAGAAACAGGGAGUACUUAAAACGGCAAAUGUGAAAUUAGGAAAACAAACCUUCCUAGUAGGAUCAGAACUUACAAUUGCCGAUAUCAUGCUAUGGAGUGUUAUUGUCCAAAAUAAAAUGGAACAUGACCUUCCUAGCAAUGUGAAGAAAUGGUUUAAAAGUUUGUGUAAUAAUGUAAUCUUUUCAAAUCUUCCUGAAGCAUUUUAUUCAUAAUGGGAAGUAAAAUCAAACAUUAUUUAAGGAAAUGUGAAAAAUAUUAAUAUCGGAGAAGGCUCUAGGACAAUUUUCUGUUCUUUGCUAAAGUUAUAUGAAGCUUUCUAAGGUAAAUAAAAGUUAAUAAGCAAGUUUA